GAGAACUUUAAACAAUCUUUUAGGAUGCUACAUGCCAACCUUCUGAGGUCAAAACAAAUGAGAAGCCAAAUAUCAUUGUACAUUUAUUGUAUUGUAAGUUUCAUUUAGUUAUGACUUUUGUGCAUACAAAAAUCUUAUGAUGAUAACUUUAUUCCUUAAGUUUUGUUUAGCUUAUAAGAUACAGUCAGGUUAAAGAAGUGUAUUAAUUUUUAUGAAUACUAUACAAGAAACUUUAAUAAUUUAUAUAUAUUUAUAUAUUAGAUUAAAAUAUGUCAUUUAAAUGUGUUAGUAAUGGUACGUUUGUUUGUGCUCUUAAAAUUGUUAUUUAAAUCAAUGCUCCGCAACCUUUUUUCCCUCAAUGCACACCUAGACACUUCCCAGAUUUCCAUGGAACACCUAAACACUUCCAAGAUUUCUGUAGCACACUUAGACACUUCCCAGACUUUCGUAGCACACCUAGACACUUCCCAGACUUCGGUAGGACACUUUGACACUUCCCAGACUUCUGUAGCACACCUAGACACUUUCCAGACUUCCAUAGCACACCUAGAUACGUCCUAGAUUUCUGUGGCACAUCUAGACACUUCCCAGACUUCCGUAGCACACCACAAUUAAAACAUGAAAUAAAAACUGGCUUCCCCUUUUCAUUAAAAAAAAUAUUUCAUAUAAAAGUGAAAUGAACACGAGCCAAUAGUUCUCACUUUGUAAAUGCUUAUAUAUAUCAACAAAAAUGUAAGGAAAAUAUUUUUGUAAACUGCCUUUUCACUUAUUUUGUUUAUUUUGCUUAUAUCUACUGGUAUCAAGUUUAAAGUGGUAAUUUUAUAAUUCAUUUUUAAAAAAAAAGAACAAUUAAAAUAUUAUUUUGCUAGAAAUAAAUGGACCGACCACUAACUUGUAAAUGGCAUUAAUGUGUAGUAAAGUUACCAAAUUUAUAUCAGUUCCAAAAUUAAACCAAAGCAAUAUGAGAAAUGUUUUAAAAAUAUGUGGCAGGAUGUUAAACACCACGUGUUUGGGAUUUUUCUUCAGAUCCGAUCAAGGAAUUGUGGGUAACUCAUUCUUCAUUCUUUUGUUGGUGAUGAACUACCUUACCAGGGAAGUGUCAAUAAUUUUUAAACCAACCGGCAAUUAAUAGCUGUUGGAAGUGUUACACAUUAUGGGCGUGGAGUGGAAAGCGUGUGAUCAAAGCGUUUGUCAUAACCUUGAAUUCAGCACACCUAGCAUCGUAGUGCGGCACACCUAGCAUAGUAUUGCGGCACACCGGUUGUGGAGCUCUGAUUUAAAAUAAUCUUUACUCAUUUUGUGUGUCUUUUGGUCCUCAAAAAUGUUGUGUCUGUCCCUGGUUACAUCAUCGUUCUGUGUGAGCGGUCAGCCCCAUUUAACACAGGGUCAAUCUGGCACUUUUUGGUGAGUUGACUUUCUUUAUCCCUUUUUGCUGUAAAGCUCAUCAAAUAAUCAUUUACAGAUUUACUGGUGUGCUACCUGUUUGAACUGUUGUAUGAAAGCUCGUGCAGUAAAGUGAAGAGCUAUUCCUAGUAGCGGGACAAGUUGAAUGUGUCUGUGAAGGAAGACCUGGUGUGGUUGGAAGGAUGAAGUGUUCAUUGGUUUAUGCUAGAAAUAGCAUGAGGCUGUGGGGUCUUCAUUCUCCUGAGGGUAUUUGUAGCCACCUUACCACCUUACUAUAAGACACGUUGAAGUUGUUACUGUUUUUCACUGAUUAAAAGUUAAGUAAAUUAUAGCGACUCUUACAUUUGUGACAAGUUCAUGACGGAACAAAGUCUUCGAUCUGGUGACCUUUAUCACAGGCAUAUGACGUUGUUGAAUUCAGGUUAAAUUGCUGGAUUGGACAAAGAAGGGGAGGGUGCUAUAUUAGGUCAAGUGCCUCAUGGUCCAUUCAUCAGAUCUGUACUCAAUUCAAAAUCUGGUGGUCCGCCAUUCUCAUUGUCUCUUGAUUCACCACGUUGAGCUGUACUUUGUUGUUGUUUUUUUUUCAUCUACUAAUAGCUCUGUGUCCAGACAAAACUAUAGUUGAGCUGGUGAAUGGUGAACCAACAGAGUGCAAUUAUACAUUUAUGUCACUUUACUAGCACAAUGGCUGUAACAAUUCACAUAGUAGUAUUAGUAUUUUCAACAAAAAAAUGUCCCUACCGUUUGAGUGAUAUAAGAGCUCAAGUCAGCUGUCAAGAAGACUGUCGGUAUUCCCCGACUUUGUGAAAUGACAGCAAGCCAUGUCUGGAAAACGUCACACUGAAUCAGUCACCGAAGCCCUGCGUCAGAGACCACAGAAACAUUUAUUGUUCGUUGAAACAUCCACGCUUGGUUGUUAUGAAGAGGGAGCUUUGAAACUACUUGCCACAAUCUUAUUGGAUGACCACUGAUACUGAUAGGUCACAUGAUUUAUAGUUAACCUAACUAAGAUACUCUCUUGUAAUAUGUUUCAUUAAAUCACUGAUCAUUUCGUGCAAUACUUAUUAACAUUUGCC